GUAUUCUGAAGACAGUAAUUCAGAGCCUGAUGUUGAUUUAGAAAAUCAAUACUAUAACUCCAAAUCUUUGAAAGAAGAUGAUCCAAAUGCAGCUCUAAACAGCUUUCAAAAGGUUUUGGAUCUGGAAGGUGGAGAAAAAGGAGAAUGGGGUUUUAAAGCGUUGAAACAAAUGAUAAAAAUAAACUUCAAAAUGGGUAAAUAUGGUGAGAUGAUGAACAGGUAUAAGCAGCUUCUAACUUAUAUAAAAAGUGCUGUGACUAGAAACUACUCUGAAAAGUCUAUUAAUUCAAUAUUGGAUUACAUUUCAACUUCAAAACAGAUGGAACUUUUACAAGAAUUUUAUGAGACCACAUUAGAAGCUUUGAAAGAUGCAAAAAAUGAUAGAUUGUGGUUUAAAACUAAUACAAAAUUGGGGAAAUUAUAUUUUGAUCGUGGAGAAUACAAUAAGCUUGCCAAAAUUUUAAAGCAGCUGCACCAGUCAUGUCAGACAGAUGAUGGCUCUGAUGAUUUGAAAAAAGGAACUCAACUAUUAGAAAUAUAUGCAUUAGAAAUUCAGAUGUAUACUGCACAAAAAAAUAACAAAAAGUUGAAAAAACUAUAUGAGCAAUCUCUUCAUAUAAAGUCUGCUAUUCCUCAUCCUUUAAUAAUGGGUGUUAUAAGAGAAUGUGGUGGCAAAAUGCACCUUCGAGAAGGAGAAUAUGAAAAAGCUCAUACCGAUUUCUUUGAAGCAUUUAAAAAUUAUGAUGAAUCCGGAAGUCCAAGGAGAACAACUUGUUUGAAGUAUUUAGUGCUUGCAAAUAUGUUGAUGAAGUCUGGUAUCAAUCCAUUUGAUUCUCAGGAAGCAAAACCAUACAAAAAUGAUCCAGAAAUUCUUGCGAUGACUAAUUUAGUGAGUGCCUAUCAAAACAAUGACAUCAAUGAGUUUGAGAAAAUUCUCAAGAAUAAUCGCAGGAAUAUCAUGGAUGAUCCAUUUAUUAGAGAACAUAUAGAAGAUCUUCUUAGAAAUAUUAGGACACAAGUUUUAAUAAAAUUAAUAAAGCCUUAUACCAGGAUCCAUAUACCAUUUAUUUCAAAGGAAUUAAACAUUGAUGUAAAUGAAGUAGAAAGUUUACUAGUGUCAUGUAUAUUGGAUAACACUAUUCAAGGUCGUAUAGAUCAAGAAAAUCAAGUUCUGAAACUGGACAAAAAAGCACUAGGUGCUGCCAGGUAUAAUGCUUUAGAUAAAUGGACUGGACAACUAUCUACAUUACAUCAGACUAUUGUUAAUAAAAUGGCAUAGCAAGAAUAUUUUAGUACUUUAAAAAAUUGCUUGGCCUUUGAGCAGAUAAUAAUCUGCCGUAAGACUAAAGCUAGCAAGCACUCUGUGAUUGACUGAAAUCCUCGUCCAUUGGAGACACAUUCACAUCCUGUAGAUGAAGGAUGGAUCAUAACUUAUCUGACCAUUCUGAAUGUGCCUGUAAAAAUAUAAGUAUGUGGAUGUGGAUGUGCAAUCGUGGAGCAGCAUCACUGUCAUCUAAAAAAGGCAUAUAAUGUAAUGCAAGCUUCAUUUUAUUACUAAAAAAUUUCUGCUUACCAAGAUUUUCAACUUUCUCUAUCAAAAUUGCUCGAUUUUUUUCCUUUCUAUUUAAUUAGUUAUGAACAAGAGCAUCUUUUGCUAGUAUUCGUUUACUGAACUGCAUAAAUAAUAUUUUUGUUAUUACAGUCUGCUUUUACCAAUGUGUUAAAUGUUGGACUUAAUUUAUUCAACAGGCAUCAUAAUCAUGUUAAUACAUAGAAUUCUUCAUUGUGUAACUCUACAAACUGUGAAAUUAAAAAAUAGUUUUAUUGCUUUACACUUUUUAAGAAAAUAAAUAUUUGUCAUAUUUCCUGUUA